GCCAGAAAAGCCUAGAGAGAGACUGGUCGCGGAAAGGGGACGGUUACUUCCCGGAAGAGGCGGGGCCACUGAGAGAGGGCGCCGAAUUAGAAGUGAUUGUGGCGGCUUCUCGGGUUGGGGUGCUGAGUCCCAGACGUUAGUCUUUGCUUAGCGAAAAAGGUGGAGAACUUUUCCUUUUCUUUUUUUUUCCACUUAAGUUUUUAAAUUUUUUUUAUUUUAGAAGAGAAAGUUUGGAAACUUGGAGGCAGCAGUAGUUAGGAUUCAGGCCAAACUAGUAAAUGACGGAGGGGCGUCUUCCAAAACCAAGGAGAAAAGGUUGUCCGGUCUUUUGAAGUGUGUUUCAGAUAACAGCAGAUAAUCACCAGAAUGGGAGUGAAUGACUUGUGGCAAAUUUUGGAGCCUGUUAAACAACACAUCCACUUGCAUAAUCUUGGUGGGAAAACCAUUGCAGUUGAUCUGAGUCUCUGGGUAUGUGAAGCACAGACAGUCAAAAAAAUGAUUGGAACAGUCCUGAAGCCCCACCUCAGGAACUUAUUUUUUCGUAUCUCAUAUUUAACGCUAAUGGAUGUAAAACUGGUGUUCGUUAUGGAAGGGGAACCCCCAAAGCUGAAAGCUGAUGUCAUAAGCAGGAGGAAUCAGACUCGGUAUGGGCCUUCUGGAAAAACAUGGUCUCAGAAAACAGGGAGAUCACAUUUUAAAUCAGUCUUAAAAGAGUGCCUUGAUAUGCUGGAAUGCUUAGGAAUUCCCUGGGUCCAAGCUGCUGGGGAAGCUGAAGCCAUGUGUGCUUAUCUUAAUGCCAGUGGUUAUGUGGACGGCUGCCUCACCAAUGAUGGGGAUGCUUUCCUAUAUGGAGCCCAGACUGUUUAUAGGAAUUUCUCUAUGAAUACCAAGGAUCCACAUGUUGAUUGUUACACAAUGCCAUCUAUCAAGAGUAAACUAGGUUUGGAUAGAGAGGCUCUGGUCGGACUGGCGAUACUACUUGGCUGUGAUUAUCUCCCCAAGGGAGUCCCUGGAGUUGGAAAAGAGCAAGCAUUAAAACUUAUACAGAUUUUGAAAGGGCAAAGUUUACUUCAAAGAUUUACUCAGUGGAAUGAAAAGCCUUCUUUCUCUGAUCCACAGCCAGUAGUUAUUAAAAAACUGGCCCAUUGUUCUGUGUGUUCCCAUCCAGGUUCACCUAAGGAUCAUGUACGUAAUGGCUGCAAACUGUGUAAAACUGACCGAUAUUGUGAACCACAUGAUUAUGAAUAUUGCUGUCCUUGUGAGUGGCACCGUGCAGAGCGCGAUAGACAACUAAGUGCAGUAGAGAACAGCAUUAAGAAAAAAGCUUGCGGUUGUGAGGGAUUCCCUUUCCAUGAGGUUAUUCAAGAAUUCCUUCUGAACAAGGAUAAGUUGGUGAAGGUUAUCAGGUACCAAAGACCUGAUUUAUUAUUGUUUCAGAGAUUUACUCUUGAAAAAAUGGAGUGGCCCAGUCACUAUGCAUGUGAGAAAUUGUUAGUGCUUUUGACCCACUAUGACAUGAUAGAAAGAAAGCUUGGUAGAAGGAAUUCUAAUCAACUACAGCCAAUUCGAAUUGUUAAAACCCGAAUCAGAAAUGGAAUUCAUUGCUUGGAAAUAGAAUGGGAAAAGCCUGAACAUUAUGCUAUGGAAGAUAAACAUGGAGAAUUGGUUCUAAAAACAAUAGAAGAAUUAUCGUUGUUUGAAGCAGCUUAUCCCGAGAUUGUUGCUGUUUACCAAAAACAAAACUUAGAAAUGAAAGGGAAGAAACAAAAAAGCUUGAAAAUUAAGCAUAAAGAAAACAAUUGGCCAGAAUCAGAUAAUAAGAAUUUCCAGUCACAGAUGACUUUAAACCCCACAUGUGACAUCUUUUCUAAGCAGAAUUCCAAGUUAAAUUUGGAAAUUACCCCUCAUUGUCCAUUAUCCCAGAAAUCUAUUUCUGCAUCAUUGAAUAGCUUGCUUUUACCUGAAGAUACCCCUUGUUUGAAUACACAAGAACAUUUAAUGUUUUCUCCAGGACCUUUGCCUAUGCAGCAAAUUACAGCUGUCAGUAAGUCUCUAAUUCCAGAAUCUACUCAACCUAGUACCUCAUCCUAUAAUGUAUCGGUGAUUGCUGAUCUACACUUAAGCACCAUUGACUGGGAAGGUACUUCUUUUAGUAAUUCUCCAGCUAUUCCAAGAAACACUUCCUCUCAUGGUUUAAAAUCAGAACUUGAAACAGCCAUCGCUGAAAAUUUUAAAAAUAUCCCAGAACAAUCGUCCUUUGCAUCAGAAUGGUGCACCACAGACAUUAAUGAAGUAUUGGAUAGGGAUCUUCAAAAGAUUGAUGAUACUGAAGAACAUCUACUUUCUGGCAUUACUGAUUUACAUCUUCAAGAUUUGCCUUUAAAGGAACGAAUACGUAUAAAAUCAUCGUAUCCUCCGGAUAAUGCACAACCAAAUGACCUGAAGACUUUGUCCCUAGUUACCAUAAAAGAAUCUUGUAUUGCUAACAAUGGUUCUGAUUGUCAAUCACAUCUUUCAAAGGAUCUUCUAGGAAAUCAUUUGCAAAAUGAAUCUAGAAAAUCUAAAGUUCUAAAAGGAGACUAUCUAUUUCAAGAAAACCAUAAAAUGAAUACUUCUGUACCUUAUUCUGUCAAUAACCCAGUAAUAGUAAAGACCUCCAGAAUUGGACCAUCAAAUACUGCUUUAGAUUAUAAUAGAAAAGUUGAUGUGCAAAGCACUCAGAAAAGUGUAAUAAAGAAGAGUGUUUGCCUUGACGGACAUUCCUCUGAUGAAGAAAGUGUCCCAGUGUUUGGGAAAGCUAAAUACACAACUCAAAAAAUGAAGCCUCGUUCUCAGAAGCAUUAUCCAGCCCCGUUCAAGAAAGAUGAUGCCAACAAGCUGAAUAAUCCUAAAAUACAUAUUAAAGAAACUGAACAGUGUGCCCAGGCUUAUGACACAGCUGGAAAGGAAGACUGUUUCCCAGAUGCAGCUAAAGGUUCUCUGGGUUUUCUACAGCGUUCUAAGGACAAAGGUGACUGUGGUACUUGUUUGGGUAGUCCUCUUCCUUUAUGUCAAAGAUUAAAACUAAGGUUCCAAAACUCUUGAAAUGAAAUUAAAAAUAUUUAAAUAUAACGUAGUAUUUUAGUACCAUAAACACAUAAUCUCUGCAUUUGGCAUAAAAAUGUAAUGUGCUUCUGUAUGUCAUGAGACACUCUUUUCCAUUUUUAAUUAAAAUUGUAAUAAAAGACGUUACCUAAAACUUUGGUUUUAAAAGGUGAUCCUUGUGAGAAAAACUUCAGAUAAUGUACAUUUCUAAAACAUACUUUUCCAUUUUUAUAUCGUUCUUGAUUUUUCUUUAGUUAAAGCUUUAAAAUGUUAAUACAGUACUAGGAAAAUGCUUCAUCUAUUUGCUCACUUUUAUUCAUUUUGUUCACAAACCUCUAAAGUUUUGUUUUUUUUAUUUCAGCUGGUUCCCAAGGGGAUAACUCUUUGUAAUUGCCUACUCUCUCUCAAUGUCUUCUGUUGUGCUUUUCCUGAGAGUUGUAUUUUCUCUCAAUAUGAAGAUACAUUUAGGGUGCUCUUCCAGUUGUGCUAAUCUUAUUCUUUUCAUGAGGGGCAAAAAUGGAAAAGGAGGAAGAUGCUCAAAAUAAUUAGGAAAAAUCAUGGUUAUAAUGGCUGACUAAACUGAGGAAAGCUACUUCUUACAUAACCCCGGGAGUUCACAGUAUGCCAAAUAGAAAAAGAUCUGCAAGAUAGAAUGUAUAAUGAGAAGAGACUUAGAAAUUUGCUCAGGAUCACACAACUAAUUAAUAAUGGUAUGGGAACCAGGAUUCUUUCCUCCAAUUUAUUGGCUUUUCUGUUUUCUUUUUUUUCUUUCUGUAGCACUUUAUUUCCUUUCUUUUUAAAAAAUAAAAGUGAAUUUGUACAAUAUUAACUUCAAUAACUCUAUUAAGUUUUACAUAAAUUUAUUUAGCAUUCAAAAACUCUAGAGGUAACCAGGUUGGAAAGCAAAAAGUAAAACUGUUGUUAUUUGCAGAUGACAAGAUCUUGUAUCUACAAAAUUCUAAUGAACCCACUAAAAACUAUUAGAACUAAUAAAUAAAAGAUCAAUAUGCAAACAUCAAUUAUAUUUCUGUAUACCCACAGUGAAUAAUACAAAUGAAAUUAAGUAAAUUCUGUUCACGAUAGCAUCAAAAGGGAUAAAAUACUUUGUAAUUAAUUUAACAAAAGAAGUGUAAAAUUUUUACUCAAAACUACAAAAUACUGUUCAAAAAAAAGAACACCUAAUAAAUGGAAAGACAUCUCAUGUUCUUGGAUCAGACCACUUGAUAUUAAGAUGGCAAUAUUGCCCAAACUAGUUUCCAGAUUCGAUGCAAUCUCCAUCAAUUCCAGCUGAUUUAUUUGCACCAGAGUACAACCUGAUUCUAAAAUCCAUAUGGAAAUUUAAGGGACACAGAAUAGGUGAAACAAUUUUAAAAAAAAAGAAAUGAGAGAACUUGCCCUUCCUGAUUCUGAUUUCAAACUUACUAUAAGGUUUCAGUAAUGAAGAAUGUACUGUAAUGUCAUAAAGGUGGACCUAUAGAUCAAUGGGAUGGAAUUGAGGGUCCAGACAUACACCCUAACAUUUAUGUUCAAUUGAUUUUCAACCAGAGUACCAACACAGUUCAAUGGGGAAACAGUUUUCUUUGAGAAAUUCUACUGGUACUACUGGAUAUCCAUAUGCAAAAGGAUGAGUUUUGAGCACUACCUCAUACCAUAUUAACUCAAAAAUGGAUCAAAGACCUGGUUGCAAACUACAAAACUCUUAGAAGAAAACAUAGACAUACGUCUUUGUGACUUUGGAUUAGGUAAAGAUUUCUUAGAUCUGGCACCAAAAGCUCAGACAACAAAAGUAAAUACAUCGUACUUCAUUAAAACCAACAAUUUUUGUGUUUCAGAGGAUACCAUCAAAAUGAAGAAACAACCCAUAAAAAGUAGAAAAUAUUUUCAAAUGAUAAAUGUGAUAGAGGACUUGUAACUAGAAACAUGUGUCUCAAUAGCUCUUACGACCCAAAAAAACAAAUGAAUAAAUAUAUCUGAAUAAACACUUCUCUGAAGAUGUACAAAUGGCCAGUAAGCACAUGGAAAAACUCAAAGUCAUUAGUUAUCAGAAAAAUAUAAAUCAAAACCACAAUGAGAUACUACAUUACACCUAAUAGGAUGGCCAGAAUCAUGAAGACGGAUAACAACAAGUGUUUGUGACGAUAUGGAGAAAUCGGAACCCUCCUAUCCUACUGGUAGGAAUGUAAAAUGGGGCAGCCAUUUUGGAAAAAGUUAGGUGGUUCCUCAAAUGGUUAAACAUAGUUACCAUAUGAUCCAGCAGAACCACUUCCAAAAAUAUACCCAAGAGAAAUGAAGACCUGUGUCCACACAAAAACCUUUACACAAAUGUCCAUAGCAGCGUAAUUCAUAAUAGCCCCAAAGUGGAAACAACCCAAAUGUCCAUCAACUGAUGAAUGGGUAAACAAAAUGUGGUAUAUCAAUACAGUGGAAUAUUGGCAAUAAGAAGAAAAUGAAGUACUGAUACCUGUUACAAUAUGAUAAACCUUGAAAGCAUGCUAAAUGAGAGGCCAGUUGGAAAAGAUGACAUGUAUGAUUCAAUCUAUGUACAAAAUUCCAAAUAGGUAAAUCUAUAAUCUGUAGAAACAGAAAGUAGACUCAUGGUUACCAAAGGCUAUGGGGGAUGUGGGAGAGGAGGGGAGGUUGAGGAUGGAGAAGGGAAAAUGAAUGCUAACGGGAUGGUUUUUUGGGGGAAGUGGAUGGUUAAGGAAAAUGUUCUAAAGUUGAUUGCAGUGAUGGUUGCAAAAUUCUGAAUUUACUAAAACCAUUGAAUGGUGUGAUUUAAAUAGAUAUAUUCUGUGGUAUGUGAAUUAUAUCACAUUAAUUAUAUCACAAUAAACAAAAACACAUUAAAAACAAAAAGGAAUUGUACAGCAUUAUACCUGUCCAAACUCUUUAAUAUCUAAAAUGUUUAUACUCUAACCUCCCCAUUUAUACACUGGCAUCAUUAUAUUAUAGAUUAGAAAACAAGUCCAGAGUAACAAAGAGGUUUUCCUAAGACUGGAGAUGAAAUUGUGGCUUAUUUGUCUAGUAUUUAUUACAUUAUGCUAUGUUUUAAAAUUAAAUUUGGAAUACUUGUGAAUUUUUGUGCUUUUUCUGAGGUUGUGAUUUUAUUUUUUUUGAACAUUUCCUUAAAUAUAUGUAUAAAAUGCUUUGAAUCAAGUUUACCUGUUUUAGAAAAGUGUCAUGUUUGUAGAGCACUCACUAUAUAUAAAAUCCUAGGCAAGUGGAAUCCUAAAUAAAGGCAAUCAGUCCUCUGCUCUCAAGGAUCCCACCUAAGCCUAAUUCAACAGAUUAUGUGUGUGUGUGUGUGUGUGUGUGUGUGUGUGUGUGUGUGUGUGUGUGUGUGUAUUUAAAUAAGUUAUUUUUUAAGGUAGGAAUUUCAAUGGUUAAUUAAAAAGGUGAAAUAGUCCAAAAGUAUAGAGUGAAAAAGUCAGUUGGCUUUCUACCCUAAUGACCAGACUCCAGUUCUUAUAUCUAGAGGCAAGCACAGUGUCUAAUUUCUUGUAGAUCCUUCCAGAGGUGUUCUGUACCAAUAUAUUAAUGUAUCUUAGAAAUUAUUCUGUAUCAAUAAAUAUGAUGUGUUUUACUCUUUAA